UCUCGUGGCAACCGAUCACAACACAGCGCGCUGCCAUUGGAUGCGUGGGUAACAGUAUGCUGCAGGUAGUGGCAAGGCGUGGAUGAGUGCAUCUGGAAUGUUGUGAUAGCAGUGCACAGCAAUUGUUAACAUUUGGGUGUAGCUGUCAGAAGAAUGAAAAUGAAGAGAGCUUUGUCUCGUCAAGGAUUCUUUGCUACCUGCAUUAUUGCGGCAGUUAUUUUGAAACCAGCAUCUGCAAUCUGGUGCUACCAGUGCCGUAGCACUGACCAUAAAGACCCUUUUCAGUGUGGAGAGUACAUGACGUCAGACAUCAGCAUUGAGCCCCUGGAUUGUAAAGCUGUGUACAAUGCUCAGUACUGUGUCAAACAAACUGGUCGCUUUGAAGUACAGGCAAUAAGUUGUUAUCAGUGUUCAUCAACUGAAAACAUAGAAUGUGCAGAUAAUGUAAUUCAUGAAAGUUCCCUUAGCCCUCACAGUUGUGAUGGGAUAUUUGAAGCCAUGUGCUGCAUUAAAACAACUGGUUUCUUUGAAGGUGGCCUAGGCACAAAGAGAUUCUGUUCAUCUCAUGAUUUGGGUAAUUAUUGCAAUUAUAUCCAGCAGCCAGGUGAUGAACUGGAAUACCGCUCAUGUGUUUACACAUGUUCAACAGAUGGUUGCAAUGCUGCCAAUGUCCAGCAACCCACAGUGCAUAUGUUUCUCUGCAGCCUUUUGUUUGCAGGAUUUUAUUUCAGCUUCUACUGAAAUUUUGUUGUAGAAUAAUCUGUGGUUAAUGUGACUUGGCACACAAGUGCUCAAACUGAGUGCAAUACACCACAUUCAUCAAUAUUUCAUAAAUAUAAACUUCUCAGGGUAUUAUGCUUCUGCAACUUGUGGACUGGCGAUGUGAAGUGAAGUUCAUUCCACCAUGAAUGAAAUGGUUGACUUCAUGUUUAACUUCCUGAUUUGUGACCCGUAUGAAGAUGCAGUUCUGAAACUGUGGCCACUUUAAUACAUUUUAAGUACACCAAUAAGAAUUUUGUACUUAAUGACAUAUUUACUUAUUUUGUUAGAUCUGUUGUUUCCUUUUGUUACUAAUUUCAAGAUAAUAUUAUUAAAAUAGCUUUUACAGAAAAAAUGGAAUGAAAUUUCUCCUUUGGAUGUUGAUAAUUUUUCUUGGUGUAACAGUUAUUGUAGUCUGUGAUACAAUGUGGAUACUCUGUAAUUCUGUAACCAAAAUCUUCAAAAAACAUUCAGCAAUAAAAUACAUCCUAUAAAAUUUGCACACCAUGAGUUUUUGAAUAACACACACGUAUGUUAAUUUUUAUCUUUUUUCCAGUUUUCUGCUACGUUAUGAAUAUUUUUAAAUGACUUAAAGAUGUGCUAAAUUACAUGACUGUAUGUGUUAUUUCGCACUGUACUUAAAAUUAUCUUAAGCUUCACUGAAAUCAUUGCAUUUUCCUUCCCCUUUUCGGAUUGAGAUGGCACAUUAUUGAUGUUAUCUCACAGCUUUUCAUGUUAAUACAAUUACUGUAAUUUUUUUAUGAAAGCAAGUCAAGAUCAUUGAUGUUUGUAUAGAAUUAUGUUCAUUGUAUACCAAAGAACCAAAUUAAAUCACAGUAUGUAAUAUCCAA